UCCCGACGUGCACCGUCCGCGAAUGUGUGUGUGUUUCGACGGGCGACUGCGACCACAACUAAACGCCGAGAACCUCGCCUGACAGAGGAUUUGCGCCCCCCACGACACGACGCUCGAGACCCCGUGAGGUUCGCCGCCGCCGCGGACAGACUUGGACGGAGUUUCUAUUACUAAAGCCGACGGAGCGGCCACAUCCAAACUCGGAGGAAGGGAGUUUUCGAAGGCUACGAGUCGCCCACCUGUUCUAGUCGCCAUGCAGCUUCGGCUACCUGUGAUAUGUUUAUUGGCGUUCCUGACGGCCAGCGUAAGGUCGGAUGAAGGAGAGGCUACCUCAGCGAAACAAGAGGGAGAGGCGUCGGACGUGAACAUCGAGUGCAACAGCAACAACAUCCAGGUGACGCUGGACGCGCCGAACGACUUCAACGGCAUGAUCUACCCGAAGGGCCUGUCCAAGAACUCCACCUGCAUGGCCGAGUACACCAACGUGCGGGACAAGAUCGUCUACACGCUGCCCCUGCGCUCCUGCAACACCAUGAGCACCGACGUGGAUGACGGCGUGGAGUACUUCAAUACCGUCGUGGUGCAACCCCACCGCAAGCUGGUGACCAACCAGGGCAGGGGAUUCCAUAUCCGCUGUCGCUAUCAGACCAAGGAGAAGACCAUCACCAACUUCUUCAACGUCAGCAUGAUCGGUACGACGCCGCUGGUGGCGACUGCGCCCAUGCCAGGCUGCAGCAUGAAGAUCUUCGUGGGUGACUCCGAAGAAGAAGUGGUGGCCGAGAACGUCAAGAUCGGAGAUCCCCUCACCCUGGUCAUCAUGAUCGACAACCAGGACGUGUACGGCAUGCGGGUGACAAACUGCCUUGUUCGUGACGGACUCAACUGGGGCGAGCAGCCGCUCAUCAACAACGAAGGUUGUCCAGUCGACAACGAGAUCCUCGGGCCGUUCGAAUACACGUUGAACAAGACGCGGGCGUCAGUGACCUUCCAGGCCCACAAGUUCCCCUACACCUCCUCUGUCUAUUACCAGUGCAACGUCAAGCUGUGCCUCAAGUCCAGCGGAGGCUGCGACGAUGUGCCUCCGGACUGCGACGACGUGAGGCACAACCUCCGACGUCGACGUGACGUGGAAGCCAAGGGCGACCUCAAGGCCAUGGAGAAGCAAGAGCAGGACGUUCGCGACCUCAGCAUCGAGGUCUUCUCCGGACUCUACGUCAACGAAGUCUCGGACCUCGAGGACCCAGAAGUGAGUGCCAAGCCGACCUCGUCGGCCAGCUCGUCGGACCACGACUUCUGCGUGUCCUCGCGCAAGUUCGCCAUCGGCAUCGCCAUCGCGGGCGUGCUGCUCAUGCUGGCCGUCAUGCUGCUGGUGGCCUGCAUCCUGCACCGCCGACGCCGCAGGAAGGGCUCCAGCACCGCCGGAAGCUCCAUCUACUCCGGACCAUACUCCAACCACGCCUACUCCAGGGACUGA